GGAUCGGCUCGCGAUAGUCUGUACAUACCGCUUUGACGUAACCACGCGGAAAGGCGGGGAACCGUCGCUUCCGCGCGCGACCGACCGCAUUCUCAAGUCAAGAUGGACGAAAAGUUGAUAUUGUCCGUUUUUAAUUUUCCUGAGCUGUAUAAUACAACUUUGCCAGAUUACCGCAAUGGUGAGACAAGAUCCCUUGCUUGGCGGAGAAUCAGCGCAUUGACAGCUCUUCCAGCUGAAGAGUGCAAAAGGAAGUGGAAGAAUCUAAGAGACCGAUACUUCAAGGAAGUACGACAGGAGAAAAGGAGUAAGGAAGAGACAGGGGAGCGCACCACCAGUCGAUGGAAAUACAGGCAACUUCUGAACUUUCUUCAACCAUUCAUUAAACCUAGAAAUGGCAACGCAGACCAUGACAACCAGGAGAGCCCUGAUACAAUCAAUAAAAGCACACAGAGUGAGAUCAAAACACUCAAUACAGCCCUGGUAAACAACAUGAAAACCCCUACAACCCAGGUUGGGACCAUGUCGCAGCUAGCCUUUGUGACCCAGCUGUCCCCAGCGCAACAAGGCACCCAGAUGGCCCAGCUGGCUUUCCUGGCCAAGCUACCACCAGGUGCCCAGAUAUCCCCAGCGCCCCAGCCAUCCUCAGCUCCCCAGCUAUCAACAUACACAACCAGGAAGAGGCCUCAGACACGACAAGAGUCCCCUGCUUCACCAUGUUCCUCAAGUACUCCUGCCAAGCUCUCCACAAAGAACAGGAGGCUGCUGGCCAAAGAGAAAGAUCACAGAUCAGAUUCCAUGAUCCCUAACCGACAGUGUGACGAGGAUGAGAUGUUUCUUCUCAGCUUUGUUCCUGCCUUGAAGAGGCUAGCUCCACAAAAAAGAUGUGAGACCAAAAUUAAGAUCCAACAGAUAAUGUAUGAGGCAGAGUUUAGUGUACCUCAGCCAUUGACUGUCAAAGACCCACUGGUGACAGUGUCCAAUGAACUGCUAGAGCCCGUGCCUCAAGAAGACCAAGAGUCACAAGAAGAGCCAGAGACAUAACUCAUUCAUUUUUGUAGGGUCUACAGGGGUUGUUCUCAGUGGAAGUUAUAUUGUUCUUUGGACUGAAAGUAUUUUUUGUAAAAUAUAUUUCUCUCUCCUUAAACAUGAAGAGCCAAGUUAUUCAUCAUCUGUUUUUAGAAUAAUCACAUUUUUGGUGGUAUCAUAUUGAGAGGUAUACUUUUAUAUUUUUCAGAAUAGUUGAUUAACAACCAAAUCAAUUAUUUUACUAGAUCUUAAAACAUUUGCUUUUACGAAUGCAAGUUAACCCAAUUGAAAAUACAAUGGGCUGUUAUUCUGUU